CGGCCGCGUUGCCCGGGGGGGCGGUCCCGGCGCAGCGCGCGGUGCGCGGCCCUUUCCGUUCCCCCGCACGGCCAUGGCGGCGCCCGGCGCGCUGCUCGCCUGGUGCGUCCAGCACCUGCGCGGGGACUUCGGGCUGGACGUGGGCGAGGACGUGGUGAGGUACAUCUUGUCAAUAACAAAUGAGGAUGAGAUCCGGGAGUACGUCAUUGACCUCAUUCAGGGGACCGAUGGGAAGAAGAGUCAGUUUGUAGAAGAACUUCUGGCCAGGUGGCGGAAAUCGUCCCAGCUGCUGUCCGAGCCUGUGCCCGCGUUCCGGAAAAAGGAUGAGCCUUCAGAAGUGCCUCGGGCUGGAGACCAAGCGAAAAAGGGUAAACGCAAAGGAAGGAACAAGCAGGAGACGCCUGCGUAUGCUGAGCCAAGCGCACAUGUGGAGGAAGUGAAAACCCCCCUGGACCUGGCCAAGGCACAGGAGAGCAGCAGCGUGGGCAGCAGCAAUUCCUCCAAGAAGAAGCCCAAAUUUGUCAGCCUGUACACCAAGGAGGGGCAGGACAAGCUGGCCGUGCUGAUCCCCGGGCGUCACGCCUGCGAGUGCCUGGGCCAGAAGCACAAGCUCGUCAACAACUGCCUGGUUUGCGGGCGCAUCGUGUGCGAGCAGGAGGGCUCUGGGCCCUGCUUGUUCUGUGGUUCUCUGGUGUGCACUAAAGAAGAGCAGGACAUUCUCCAACGGGACUCGAACAAGAGCCAGAAGUUGCUGAAGAAGCUCAUGGCGGGCGCUGAGAGUUCCGGGAAUUUGGACGCUGUAAGCAAAGACUUGCUGCCUCGCCAAGAAGCGCGGCUUAAAGCGGGCCUGGAGAUGGCCGUGAAACACAAAGACAAGUUGUUGGAAUUUGACAGGACGAGUGUGCGUCGAACCCAGGUCAUUGAUGAUGAAUCUGAUUACUUUGCCACGGACUCCAACCAGUGGCUGUCGAAGCAGGAGCGGGAGGCUCUGCAGAGGAGGGAGCGGGAGCUGCGGGAGCUGCGGCACGCCUCCCGCCUCGCCAGGAAAAUCACCAUCGACUUCGCCGGCCGGCAGGUCCUGGAGGAGGACACCAGCAUGGCCGAGUACCACAGCAAGCUGGAUGAAACCAUUGAAGCCAUUAACUGUGGCACACUGAGCAAGGCAGCGGGAAGCCCAGAAGCAAAGACGACACCGAAUUCUGGUGUUUUGGUGAAUCCCCGUCUUCUUCAGCCUGCUCCUUUGUGGGUGGACCAAACGGGUGUGCUGCCACCCAGGAAAAGCCUCCCGUCGCUGGACAGUGGGGACCAGCCCGACCCGGAGCGGAGCAGGUUGCGGAUCCAGGACCGAGAGCUGCAGGAGAUCUCGGACGACGGCUGGUGCCUCAGCCUGCACCAGCCUUGGGCGUCCUUGCUCGUCAGGGGAAUCAAAAGGGUGGAGGGCAGGACCUGGUACACGUCUCACAGAGGGCGGUUAUGGAUCGCAGCCACCGCUAAAAGACCUUCCCCUCAGGACAUCUCUGAACUGCAGGCCACCUACCGAAUGCUGCUCCGCAAAGAUGUGGAAUUCCCGAGCGAUUAUCCCUCAGGAUGCCUCCUGGGCUGCGUGGACGUGACCGACUGUUUGUCGCAAGAGCAGUUUAACGAGCAGGCUUUGGUAAAAUGGCUGCGACAGAUCAGGAAGUUGAGCUGUAGAUAACAAGCUUUAAAUCUUCCCAUGGAGGAGCCCCCCAGUGAGCGGUGUUGUCUGUAAAUUCCUCCCGCUUUGCUCGGCCGCAGAGGCGCUGGGGGAAGAGCAGAAUAUCCCAGGAGCGCCAUGACCAGACGUGCCAGCAAGAGAUGUUCCUCUCUUCUCAACGCUGCGAUGCCACGGCACUUCAUGUUUCGCUGCCCUUUUGCUGCUCCCGUAUUGCAAACUCUUUAGAAUUCCUAAUAUGUUGCCUUUUUACAAUGGUUUUGUCCAUUUUUUCCCCAGGACUGCUUUACGCAGUGUUCAUUUCCCUAGCUGCUAAGAUUGAAUUCAGAGGUCUGAGCAUCCUUCUGAAGCUGCUUUAUGAGGAAACGUGUGUUUUUGCGGAUUGUGAUGAGCAGUGAGUGCAUCUGAAGGAAGCUGAGCCUAAUUUAAUUGCGAGUGCUAGCAAGGUGAGGAAAACGUGCAGCGCCAGUGCAGAAACUCGGGUUGGAUGUGGCUGGGAGUAGGAAAUCCCUGUUGCUCAGGCUGGUGAUUCAGCCCAGGUUCAUCAGCAGCGUAAUCUGCUCGUUUCUUGCUGUACGAAGAUUCCCCCUCGCUUCUGGGGGACAGGGAAAGGAAGAUGAGUUUUCACCACUUACGGCGUUGCAAAGAAUGUGGUAUAUUUCAAAAUACCCACAGGAUAUUAGCGGGUAAUUAAUGCGAUGCAGCAGGAGAGGCUUUCGGAGGUGAAGCCACCGCCGAGGUCUCUUUGGGCGCUGCGCUUUGUCUCACACCUUCCUCCUCUCAGCUCCCACUUGGAAGCGUCUGCGUUUUCCGGAAUAAGUCAUUUCACAAGCCCCGUUUGCGGGUUAAACCCACCACCCCAAGGUGGAAUAGUUCCCUGACGUGCUCUUUGGCUUUUGAUGGUGGUUCUGCUGUUUCCAGCAGCCACAGAGUUUGUGUUGACUCUUGUGACCGAGGGAGAUUCUUCCUGGUCUGUCCCUCCUGUGGCUUUUCUAUUAUUUCGUGGUCCUUUUGAUGCUGUCACCCUCUCCCUGUUCAGUACAGCCUGCAGAUUUAAUUUCCUUGCUGGUCGCAUCCUCUCUCAAGUUGCUAAUGAAGAUGUUAGUGGCACCCUGCUGGUAUUUUUCUAUCGUUAUCCUCAUUUAAUAUAUAUAUAUAUUUUAAACUUGUGCUCAAAAAACCCCAAAUCAGGCAGCGAUGCCCCAUUUCACUGCACCAGCAGACUCAGAUCCUGCCCCACGAGCUUCUCUUAUUGUCAGGGACCAGUUAUUUAGCUGCAUUGUUGGUAAGUCUGGCCAAUUGUGGUCCAUUUGGAGGGGUCAGUCUCGCAGCUCUGCCCCAUGUAGAGCAUUCAAAUACCCAUUGAAGUGGUUUGUGGGUCGUCAGGAGAAGCGAUGACAACAGGACCUGUGGUCGCGGAGGAGAAGCCGAGAAGGGACGUCCUUGCGGUUAGAAUCAGCGGCACGUCAGAUGACAUCGCCCUAAUCUCGGCUGUGCCGCUGAUUGCAUGAAUGGCUUUAAUCCGUUCCCCUGGGUCUCUUUCCCACGUGGAAAAUAAAGCGGCGCUUCCCUGGCAGAGCUUCUUUGCGCCUCGUUGUAGCGCUCCGAGCUGCGAGCUUCGGAUCGAAGCCACUCUGGGAGCAGGAGUUACUAUCAGGUAGGAAAGUCCAGCCUGGGUAUCGAGUGUCACCUGGUUUGAUCGCAGCAAAAGCUGUUUCCGAAUUCAGCGCGUGGUUGUGGUACCCGGAGCUCCCUCCGCGUCGCUCUCCAUCUCAAUAUUUCCAGCGGAGCUUUGCACAUCUCGCACCUCGUUCUGGGCUCAUUUCCUUCUCUCCGUGGCAGCCACCCAAAAAACCCUGCUCACGCCACAACGAUCCCUUUGUUACCGCGCUAAAGGUGACCUGCAAAUUGGUGGGGUUUGAUUUUUCUGCCCUCCCCGUUGAGAUGUGAGCGUUGACGGCGGCUUUUCCUCGCCCCGGGCUGACGUCACCGGCACCUCGAGCAGAACGCGGAGCCGCUUUUGCUUCUCGUUCCCCGCGCGAGGUGUCGGUGACUUCAGCCACACUCGCUGGGGCUGGCGAGGGGCUCAAGCAAACGGGAACUAUUCCCAUUUACGCUGCUUUAACGUGCUCCGAAUCCCGCGUUUGUUUUGCUAACGACUUUGAUCCGAGAGACUAUUACUUCACCUGGAAAAAAGGAACAUUUCCGCCGCCGCUAUUUUAGUCGUUGAUAGGUGUGUUUGGACUUAUUUUGAAUGCAAGCGUGCACACACGCCGGUAUCGAGAUGGAGCUAUUAUCUCGGCUUGAAAUAUUGGGUAAUU